UCAGUUUGUACUGAAAAUCACAAUAGUGUAAAAAUAAGCAGCCAUGCAUAUGUCCAAAAUGCCCUUAUUUCCUUCAAAAAGUAACGGAUUGCAGCAGACCACAUCUGAAUAUUCACACAAUGGCAAAGGCUAGGCAGGAGCAGAUUAUAUCUGUGUACUCAUAAUGUCUUCUAAUGUACUCAUAAUCUAUCUCAGUUUGAACUACAAACAUAAUAAAGUUUGUUUGAUCAAAGUCUGGCUUCAUUACAUGUUCAGGAAUUAUGACUGCAUUAAUUUACAAACCAAGCAAUUCCCAGUUCCAGUGGCAUCUGUACCCAAGGUGCUGAGCCAUCUGGAGUCACAAACUAUCUCAGUCAAAAGCCUCUAACGCUGCUUUGUUUCGUUUCUGUUUUUCUUUUUAACAUCACUUUUCUUCUGUUUGGUUUAAUCGCAAGGGGCCGCUUUGUUUGGAGGCUUCUACGUCCUCCCGUGGUAGAUGCACAUAGGAACAGCUGUGAGAGCCUGAAAGAGGCAGCACCACGCUGGGUACAGGAAAUAAUCUGGCACCAGCUUGGCCUGACCUGGCUUCUGCAGGCAGCAGGUUGUGAAGAGGAGCAGGGGCGGGAAGGAGAGAUGCCUGCCCUUCCCUCGGCACCUCCCAUAAACCCAACACAGAUACCAAGGAAGCUGAUGAAUUAUUAAGCAGGCCCGUCCUGGACGCCGGGGUCUGAGGUUUGCAUCGCUGUAGGCUGUGUUCUAACACAUCCCUGGCGUCCUCAGCCGGCACAGGCCAGCAAAAAGCUGCUCCGUACAGUCUGUCCACAUAGUCACAACUUUUUAAAGCUGAGUACUGAAGAGCUGAAUCUUCUGGACCCUGAGAGAUGUUUCAAACCGCACGCUGGAUUUGGAGAAGAUUUGGUGUCCCAGGAGCUGCCUAGGAAAAGAAGCAACUCCAUCCUAUCACUUUUGAUGGCUCGUUCUGUAACUUCACUUUGCUGCGCAUCACUUUUCCAGACCCCAUCUUAUUUACUAUUUGGAUCCCUUUGGCAUUUGCCUUGCUGUUCCUCUCUUUUUUGCGUGCUUUCUUCAUGCACUACCUCUUUGCACCUUUCCUCCUCCCCAUCCAACCCCACCCUGCCUUUCUUCUGGCACCAGCCCCAUCUCUGCUCAGCCUUUUCUCAGUCCAUCUCUGUCUGUUCUCUUCUCUCUUGGUUGGUCCACCUGUAAUCUCCAGGACUGGGAAGUCCUUAUGAACUGAGCCAGCUGAACAGGGAGGUCAUUAAAAAGGACCUAGAAAAGGAAAGAUGCCCAUCCAGAUAUUCUGCACAAUCUCCUUCUCUUCAAACAAAGAAAAUCACACUGUUGUCAAGUGUGCAACUGGGUCUAACGGUGAGAAAUUCCACUCUAACCAGCAAGAGCCAGAAGUCCUGGAGGAGGAUUAUGAAGAGGAAGAAGAGCUGGAGGAGGAAGAGGAAGGAGAUGCUCCAAACCUGGUGGACUUUGCCAACAGUUGCACCUUGCAUGGGGCCAACCAUAUCUUCAUAGGAGAGGGCUUUGGGAUGCGCCAGACACUCUGGGCAGGUGCAUUCCUCAUCUCGCUGUCCAUCUUCCUCUCCCAGGUAGCUGGGCGCAUAUUCUUCUACUUUGAAUAUCACCACAUAACACAACUGGAUGAGAUAGAGAGUUCCCAAAUGAUUUUUCCAGCAGUUACCUUCUGCAACAUCAACCGCAUCCGGGUGUCUCAACUGGCCUAUGAUGACUUGGUGUAUAUUUCACCCCUUGUGGGGUAUGAUGUGGGGGACUACUUGGAAGCAGGAUUUCCCUUAGCCCAGCCCAGCCUUGAGGUCCCCGAGGAGCCUCUCAACCUGUAUAACUUUUAUGACCGCAACAGCCACCAGCUGGAGGACAUGAUGCUGGCCUGUAAAUACCGUGGGGAGGCCUGUAGGCCUGAUGACUUUACUGUGGUGUUCACACGCUAUGGAAAGUGCUACACGUUCAACUCAGGUCAGCCUGACAAGCCACCACUCAUCACCAUGAAAGGAGGAACUGGGAACGGCUUGGAGAUCAUGCUGGAUAUUCAGCAAGAUGAGUAUCUUCCUGUUUGGGGAGAAACAGAUGAGACCUCAUUUGAAGCUGGGAUCAAAGUGCAGAUCCACAGCCAGGAUGAGCCACCCUUCAUUGACCAGCUGGGAUUUGGAGUGGCACCUGGUUUCCAGACAUUUGUGUCCUGCCAGGAGCAACGGCUCCUCUACCUUCCUCCUCCCUGGGGUCAAUGCAAAUCAGUGACAAUGGAAUCAGAUUUCUAUGAUACCUACAGCAUCACAGCUUGCCGCAUCGACUGUGAAACUCGAUACUUGGUAGAGAACUGCAACUGUCGCAUGGUGCACAUGCCUGGUGAUGCUCCCUAUUGCACCCCUGAACAGUACAAGGAGUGUGCGGAUCCAGCCCUUGACUUUUUGGUGGAGAGGGACAGUGAAUACUGCGUGUGUGAGAUGCCUUGCAACGUCACCCGCUAUGGCAAGGAACUCUCCAUGGUUAAGAUCCCCAGCAAGGCAUCAGCCAAAUAUCUGGCCAAGAAAUAUAACAAGAGCGAACAAUACAUUGGGGAGAACAUCCUGGUGCUGGACAUUUUCUUUGAAGCUCUGAACUAUGAGACCAUUGAGCAGAAGAAAGCAUACGAAGUGGCUGGACUUCUGGGUGACAUUGGGGGACAGAUGGGGCUCUUCAUUGGAGCCAGUAUAUUAACUGUGCUUGAGCUAUUUGACUAUGCUUAUGAGGUGAUAAAGUUCCGCCUCUGUCGCCGUGGCAAGUGCCAGAAGAAACACAAUGGAAACAACAGUGACAAAGGUGUAACCCUGAGCCUGGAUGACGUGAAGCGCCAUAAUCCAUGCGAGAACAUCAGAGGCCACCCAGCAGGCAUGACGUACGCAGCCAACAUCCUACCUCACCACCCGGCCCGGGGGACCUUCGAGGACUUUACCUGCUAAUUGACAACUGGAUGUACAACUAACACUACCAAAGGGAAGGGCCCAUGCUGAGCAGCCCUGGCCCAGCCCAGCCCACGAACCUGCCAACUGACUUACCAGGGCUCCUAUCUCAGACUCCCAGGAGAGGCAGCUGAAUCCAGCCCCUCCUCAACCCCCGCCACCCCAGGCCGAGACAGUGAUACGCACAUGGACAGAAAUGGCAGUCUGGGCUGCCAGGCCCACUCCAGGCUUCUGCUCCUAUCCCACUGAUGCCCUUGGACUCGCAACUCAACAGAAAAGCUGCCAGGAGAACCGUCUCAAAUGUCAAGUGGACGUGAGGGCAUUGCCUUCUUCAAUCUCCACACACACACAGAAAUCUUGACUGUCAAUUUGUCCCUCCUUCUGUCUCCAUCCUGCUCCAUGCCCAUAGCAAGCCUUGUGUGGGGGUGGCCAUCGUGUGCAAAGGCCUCUCUCUUUUAAUCUUGAUGCCAAGAAGUACCUACAGGAGGACUAGCCAGGAUGCUCACCAUGUUGUUCCAUUGUAUGGAAUUGACUCAACCUGUCCAAAGGAGGUGCUGCAUAUUUCCCUUACCCUCUCCCUCCCCUUGCCCCACCCACCCACCGUCUGGCGACCCCUUCCUGUCUUCUGUGGGAGGCCAUUCUAAGGUUUCCCCUGUAGCAAGAAUGUGACUGAAUUAUAAGGGUGGUUUAAAUAGGGCAGGUUAUCAUCUGCUUGUCUCAUCCAACUAGCAGUUUCUCUUUUGGUUCAGUCUGGACUCUGCUCUGGGUGUGAGUCUUGUCUGUCUCAUCCACACCAUCCCUUCAAACAUCCUGUCCCCCAUCAUGAGAAAGGCUGACAAAUGACUGGUGGAUGAAUUGUUCCCAAAUGUAACAUAUCAGCAUUAUAACGCUCCCCCCCCCACACACACACACACACCCGUUGUGCAUGUUCUUAGAAGUUAUGGUGAACAUUAUCAAGUAUUAUGGUUUCUAGAGGUCUGCCAUUUUCCAGGAUCCUCAGUGGGACACACCACCCGAUUUUGUUCAAAGAAGUUUGGCUUCUGGGUUCUGCAUCAGCUGAAAGGAGAACAAAGUAGACUGCUCUACAUUUCAGCUUGGGUUUCCUCUUUACAGUGGCAUGGCAACCUUUAGUUCAGUUCUGCAGGCAGAAACAAGACACCUUUAUUCCUCUGGAUGUGCAAAUGCAUAGGGGCAUCAUACCAUAUCAGUUUCUGCCAGCUGGCCUCAGGACAUGGCUCUUAAAAGAACAGUGGGAUCCUGUAGGAAAGUGACAUGGGCAGUCUUGCUUUAUAGUAAUACAGAAAAUGUGUUAUUCUCUCAUUCCUAUAGACAGCCAAGAAUCUGUCCUAUCUUUCAGCUAAGUUUGCUGAUGACCAUAAUUAUCAACUGUCAGGGAGAAAUGACAGAGGGUCUCCAGGCCAAGCUCAAGCUAGCAAUGUGAAACAUUCUGCUAUUACGCAUUGUCACCAGACACCAAAAUAAAGAACAGCUCAGGGAAGUGUCUGUCUUGCAAAGUUUUGAAAGACAGGCCUUCUGGUUUCACUCUUAAGGAAAUCCAAAAGUCCUGUUUUGCAACACCCAUGUUACAACCUGUUUGUGACAUGGGGGGUCAUCAAAUUUGCUUUGGAGCCAACCAUUGCAUUAAAUGUUAAUCCACAACAGAGAGUUUCCUUUGGAAUAGGACUUUCACAAGUCAGGUUGAGGGUUGAGUUACAGCAAAGUUAAAGCAGAGUGGUUUGGGCUUCAUUUUAUAGCACUUGUUUCCACCCAGGCUUAAGUCUAUUAUCCACAGCUCCAGCCUGAGUGAGACAAAGAAGAUGGGUUGAUGGUGAUAGCUGCGAUAACAGAUCAAGGAACUGAACUCUCUACAAAAGUGGCUGACUUCACCUACUCACUCUCACUCCUGAAUAAGCCGUAUUUAAAUCGCUGAGGUUAUACAGCAGAAUGAUUCCAGCCACACAAUCAGAUCAAAAGAGUAACCUCACCUCCUUCAUGGGAGAAGGUUUGCUCAGAUUUCUUUUGAGUAAAUGAACCUGAAUUGAUCUUACUCUGUUCUGAGAGGUUAUAGAUAUGUUGUGUCCCUCGGGAUAUAUCUGUCUACAGUUGGAUAAGGAUGGGGCUCAGGGGAGCUAUAGUGGCCAGGACUAGAUCCACUUCAGACCAACUUCCACGGUUGCCGAUAACAAAGAAUGAUGUGCUCUCUUGCUACUAUUUUGAUAGCUCAGCUGGAGUUGGCUCAUGCUCUCAACAGAUUAAAUCAGUGGAUUGACUCAAAUUAUAAUGUGGUCCAGCUGAGGGGAUGAAAGAAUUAUAGUGAUUCUGGAUGAUCUUGAUGGAUAUGUGGUGGGCUAGUUUAUUUUCAGACCUACCAAGUGGCAGAGGAUGUGGGUUGAGUGUUCUUUCUAUGCCUUAGGAGCCUAUAAGUAUUGGGAGGAAAAAGCAUUCCCCCCAGAAUCAAUUAAGGGCUGAAGAAGAAGUCCCAAGGGUGUCCUUCAGCCCAGGCCUUGAAGCUGUUCCUUAGACUCAUCAGCCUGGAGAGGGUUUUAAUAUCCAUGGGCAAGUUACCAGAUGAGUCUUCCCUUUAUCCAACUAUUUGAAGAGAUUUGGCUCCCUUCCAGCCUGGGCCAUAGAGCAUCUAGUGCCUGCCCCAUUCUCUGUCCCAGUUCAGCCUCUUCUCCCAACAUUAUGUUCAACAUGCUGUAUGCGCAGCAUCCAAGGCCAAAGUUCUCCUUAUCUUUAAGAGCUUUUGCAAUAAAAUCUUGCCAUUUUUAAGAGCUUUAUUUUAUUUUGAUCCUUAUUGGUCUGGACUUCUUUCUAUAGUUUGUGUUUAGCCUCCUGAAUAUAACCAGGCCCUAAUUUCCCAAAGAUGUUGCCAUUCUGACAUGGCCAGAAUUUUUUUCCAGGGACCAUUCUAGUAGGUUCAUGACUUUGAAGGUUUCCCCUCUUGUUUUUCUUUCAUUUCUUUUGACUGUCUUUACUUUUCUGCUUGAAAGCUUUUGAAGAUAGGGCUCAAACUUGACCUUUCCCCCCUCCCAUUUGUUUGUCCAUUUUUACUAUUUCAUGCUCAUUUUGUAUUUCUUAUAUAUAAAAUAUAUGAUAUAUAUUAUUAUAUAUAUGUACAUAUAUAUAUAUAGAUAUAUACAUACCCACAUCUCUAUAUGCACCAUGCCAAUGUAUAUAACCAUCUAGUAGAAUCAAAAGCCUUGAUAUUGUGCCAUUAUAAUUUUUUUCCAACUACCAAUCUCUGAAUGCCUUCAAGUGUAUAAAGUGUUGAAUUCUCUCUGGUAUCUGUACUAUGUACACAUUUUCAUAGGAAGCACAAGAAGAUGACAAAUGCAUUGUAUAUCAAAACUUGCUCCUCUUAACAAUGAUAUAAAGGAUGAUCUCAACCAUGGA